AAAGCGUCAGUAGGAUACAGUAAUUGAACAGAGAUCUCUGUACGUUGAUAGCUUGAUAUCAUUUCAUUAAAUUUAAAAUUGUUCCCGUUUAUUUAGACUAAAACUUGAUACCAAAAAAAUGUUACCAUUUUCACGUUGGGCUCGUCGCCGUUUUGUUCUAGUUGCCGUUUGUUCACUAGUAGUGUAUUAUCUACUUUCAUCGUCGUACAACGAGUAUCAAAUUAACACAAUUAUACGCCGUACAAAACCGGAGAUCGUUUGGGAAUAUAUUGCUGAUUUCAGCAAAAUGAAGAAACUUAAUCCCACUAUACUCGAUUUUAAGAUACUUGCUGAUCACGGAAACCUGGAUCACUGGAAAUAUUCGGUUGAAUAUAGAGAACGACUUUCACAUUGGCCGUACACCAGUAACACUGCCGUUGGUCACUAUUCAGUACGGAAGUUACCGGAGUUGGAAGGUGGUCAGUACUCCGUAGCUUCCACACACAAAACAUGCUUUCUGUUGGGACUGUUCUGCUUAAACUCGAAGGGUGAUUUUAAAAUAUCCUAUCAUAACGAGCUGGAUACCUUUUGCCAGGAAACAGUGCUGUAUCAGUGUCCGUUUUUGUUCGGACGAUUCUGUCGCAGAGAGGUAGAGUUCCAGCGAACAGCGAUAAUGGACAAUUUGACGAAACAUUUCUCAAAGAAUUUUAAUUAAUUUUUAGAUGGUAAUGUUCUAUUUUUACAUUCGUUAUUUCAAUAAAGUA